GCCUUGUACCAUGUGACCUCUGUGAUCAUUCAUUCAUCAUUCACAGAUUUAACACGUAGUAAGCAAUGAUGUCAGGAAAUGACAUCUUGUUUACUACUGUUCAUGUGAUCACUGAUUGGCCAAUCAGUGAUCACAUGAUCGGGACCUCACACAGAGGUCCCGUACAGCGAUCAGUGUUCCGCAGUGUCCGGAGGGAGCGCGCACAGGCUGUAAAUGCGGGUGCCAUGUAUGUACGGAAACCCGCUCCUGCACUGCUCCCGUCCAGCUGUUUAUGUACAUGGACCGGACGGGGAGUGGUUAAGGUG